GUUUUCUUUAUCCAAGGGGAUGUUCAGAGUUGAAAAGACCUUCGCUCUUCACACCUAUCUCGUUCCAGGCGCGUCCCCUGCCCCUUCGCGAGUCGCUGUUUCCCAGGCGGUUUACUCGGGCGGCAGCGUGCAGGUCUGGUCCGAUUACCUCAAUGUGCACUUGCAUCCCAAGAGCAUCUACGUCAUCCAUCAGUACAUGCACGACGGGGAGUGUGGUUGUCUAGAAGCCUUUGGACAAGGUGAAAAGCUCCUGCAGGAUCCUGGCUGCAUAGAGGAGUUGGAAGAUCGGUUGCACUUCUAUGUUGAAGAGUGUGAUUAUCUGCAGGGAUUUCAAGUCCUCUGUGACCUACACAAUGGAUUCUCUGGAGUUGGUGCCAAGGUGACAGAACUGCUCUACGAUGAGUACUCAGGAAAAGGAAUCCUGACCUGGGGCUUGACUCCAGUCGUGAGUAACGUGGGAGAUUCUCAGAAGAAUUUUUACAGACUGCUGAACACAGCCCUAGGAAUUGUCCAUCUCUCCAGUCACAGCUCGCUCUUCUGCCCGCUGUCGCUCAGUGGGAGUCUAGGAAUCAAGCCACAACCUCCCGUUACAUUUCCAUUUAUAAACUACGAUGCAUCACUUAACUACCACAGUAGCGCGAUUUUGGCAGCAGCACUCGAUACCCUCACUGCUCCUUACCGGCUCUGUUCCUCUCAGGGCUCUAUGAUGGACCUUGCUGAAACACUUAACUUCUCCGGGAGAAAGGUUGUGGCUGCGUGGGCUUCUGUUCCCUUUCCUGCCCUCCGUGGCUACUCGCUCCCCGACACUUUAUGCACCUACCAGCAGGACGUGCCCUGGAAGCUUCUGUCUUCAUGUAGGGAGCAAAAGGUCAGCUGCUGUUUUGCUCAGUCUGUUGUGCUACGAGGAAUUUGCAAAGAAAGUCACAUCAGCAGCUGUCCAGGAAAGCAGCCCGCUUCUCUGCUCCAUGCUUGCGAGAGCACCGAGGAGGUUCUGCAGCGUUACUUACACGCUCUGUUUCCUGGGGCAUUCAGCACAUCCCACGUGCUUGAGCAGCCAUGUAAUACCCUGCCUCCGUACCCCCAGUUUUUUUCUCCUCUUCUGACCAGACAAGGCUUCCUCCUGGACAAACCUCCCAGUUACUCCUCAGCAGCUGUUGAAAGCAUCCCUGUACUAGCAGCCCUGCAGUCCUCCCCGGUUCUGCACACGCUCCUCUACAGCUUAUACAAGGAUCUCCAGAAGCUGAACACGCGGCGAUGGGCCAGCUUUUUCUCUGCCGGAGUCGAACAGGAUGACUUCCAGGAGGCCCUACAGGAGCUAAGAACUCUGUCACAGUGCUACGAGAUGGGGUUUGGAGCAGAUGGAUCUGAAGAUGAAGCAGACUCGGACUAACUCAUCUUUAUUACUAGAGAUAGUGGAAGUAAGAAUAUCUUUAAGAUCACUUUCAAAAUAAAGGGAAUGGCUUUA